UAUUUUUAAUAUUUAUUUUAAAAAAAAAAAAAAUGCUCGCAUAUCAUAUGAACAUAUCGACUUAUCUGUUUAAGUUACACUAUCUUUUUCCUUAGAAAAACCAAAUUGAACCAAAAAAAUAAAAAAAACCGAAAGACGAGCAAAGCAAACGCCGUAGCUGCCCCUUCUCAUCCGAGUCGACUCAGCCUCAACUCGCUUGCUCACCUUCUUCUUCUUCUCUCUCUUUCUUUCUGCAACAUUUCUCACAUUCCAAACAAUCGAAACGUUUCGCCAAUUUCACCAACUUUCAAUCUUAGGCGCUGUUAUCUUCAUCAAUUCAGAAUUUCACAGCUCGAUUGAAAACCCUAGGUAUUGCGAUUAAUCAAUCAAUUGAAAAUUUUGGAAUUUUAUUUUAUGAUUGCCGUGUGAUUAGGGGUUUCUUUGAUCUUGCGCGUUGAAUGCGGAAAAGGGUAUUGAUGAAUUAGGGUUAGUAAGUUGUUAAUUUUGUAAAACGGAAAGAGUUUGAAUCUUUGAAGGAUUUGGAUAAGAAGCUGGGAUUUUUGAAAUUCUUGUUGUUAGGGUUUAUAUCGCUGGAUACAAUUGUGGGGAAGAUAGGUGUAGGUUAAGGGGGAUAAUGUGUAUGUUCUGUGUGAUUCAGAAGUGGUCGCGCAGGGUUGCUACUAUGCUGCCUUGGUUAGUUAUUCCGCUUAUCGGCCUAUGGGCUUUGUCUCAGCUACUACCGCCGGCUUUUAGGUUUGAGAUUACGUCCCCGAGAUUGGCUUGUGUGUUUGUGUUGUUGGUUACUUUGUUCUGGUAUGAGGUUUUGAUGCCACAGUUGUCGGCUUGGCGGGUUAGGAGGAAUGCCCGUUUGAGGGAGAGGAAGAGGAAUGAGGCAUUGGAGCUGCAAAAGCUGAAGAAAACUGCUACUAGGAAGUGUAGGAACUGCUUGACACCUUAUCGGGAUCAGAAUCCUGGUGGGGGAAAAUUUAUGUGUUCGUAUUGUGGGCAUAUAUCAAAAAGACCGGUUCUUGACUUGCCUGUUCCGCCUGGUAUUUCGAAUUCUGGAAUUCUUAAGGAAUUGCUUGGUAAAGGUGGGAAGAUAUUGAAUGGGAAGCCUUGGUCGGAUAAUGUUUCGCUCUGUAGUCAAGAAUGGGUAGAGAAUGGGAGUUGGGUGGUGAAUGGCUCUUUUCCAGUUAAGGCUUCUUUUCCGCCCCGGAAAAAUGGUGUUGGAUUGUAUGGAAGAAGUGAAUCGUGCCUCGCUGAGAAGUCUUAUUCGGGUGUUUAUCUUUUCAGUUGCAAACUCUUGACAUCAUUUUUGCUGAGUAUAAGGUGGCUUUGGAGGAAGCUUUUUAGGAUUAGUUCUUCAGAGGAUUCUUCAUCAGAUGGUGAUCAUGGAGGGGGGAUGUCCAAAAAGGGUGAGAAUGGCAGCACAGGUCAGGAGAGCAGAGGUGAGAAAGCUCGUAGGAAAGCUGAAGAGAAGAGGCAAGCUAGAAUAGAAAGAGAACUCUUGGAGGAGGAAGAAAGAAAGCAAAGGGAGGAGGUGGCAAGAUUGGUUGAGGAGCGCAGGAAGUUGCGAGAUGAAAAGAUAGAAGCUGAAAAUCGUGCUAAAGGAACCUCUUCAUUGAGGGAGAAAGAUAGUAAGAGGGAAGCUGAGAAAAGGCGGCAGGAGCGAAGAAAGGAAAAAGACAAAGGAUCUAGUAAAAGCAACUCUGAUGUGGAUGAGUUGGAAAAGAAAUCAGGGAAGGAAAAUGACCGGAAACGGGAUACUGAAAGAAAACAUGAGACUGAUCGACGGGAGUCGCCGAAGUCUGGUGUAGAUGGUGUGAAGGGUCAGAACACUGAAGCAGGUUAUGGAGCAAAAGGUAAUUCUACAAACAAUUUUAGCCGAGUGAAUGUUGGUGCUAGAUAUUUUGACCGUGUGAGAGGUACUUUCUUGUCUUCUUCAAAGGCACUUACUGGCAGUAGUUUUUUUGGCAAAGCUGCCCCAUCUCAUGUUCCUGCUUCCAAAGAAAUGAAGCCCAAUAGCUCUGUUGAAAAUUCCUUAGUUUCAAACAGCAAACGUGAUUUUCUUCCGCCAGAGCAUCUACCUGGGAAAACUAUUAUGAAUGCAGAUGAUAAGAGCCAUACUCGCCCUGUCUCUUCAGAUAUACAACAUAAAACACAACCAAAGUCAUGGCAGCAAUUAUUUACUCAAGCUCCUCCCUCCCAUCCUAAUGUAAUUAGCAGACCAAGUGCAAACUCUGCAAAGUCUCAAGUUAGUCAAAGUUCUCAGCUACCUUGCUCAGUAUCCUCUACACCGCUUUAUGAUAACCCAAUUAAUUUGCCAUCUCCAUUUAUGCUGCCUGCCUUUUCAAGUGGGCCCCUGACUAAUAAUUCUAGCCCACCUGUUGCAAAGGAUCCAUUUUUUCCUAGUGUUUCGGACAUGUCUCAUGAUUUUUUCAUGGAAGAGCCAGAGCAUUUUGAGGACCCGUGUUAUGAACCCGAUCCUGUAUCACUUCUUGGCCCUGUUUCAGAAUCACUUGAUAAUUUUCAGCUAGACCGUGGCAAUAGUUUUGUAAAAGAUGGAAUUGGAAAUUCUUGUCCUAUGAUAAAUGUUUCCACUCCUUUGGAUGUUACCAGGCCUUCUCCCAUCGAAUCUCCAUUGUCGCGACUGAGAGUUGCUGAUGAAAAGCCAAAUAACCAUAGCCACUUCUCUAGUAGUCCAAGGGGCCUUGAUAUGCACUUUUUUCCAGCUGCUGACAUGAAUGAUAAUAUCAAUGAUAAGGGAACAUGGCAUAUGUGGAAUUCUUCUCCACUUGGUCCUGAUGGGUUAAGCUUGGUUGGUGGUUCUGCCAGUUGGAUUUCACCUCUAGAGCGAAGCAGACUGAACAGUGAAGACAUGAUGCAUCAAUCACCGCAGAAGACCAUGGCUUCUUUGUUUACAAACGAGAGCCGUAUUGCUUCAGGAACACAUUCACCUCAGAAGGCCACCAUGGGAAAUGCUCAAAGUUAUAGUGCCUUUGGUGUCUCAGCUUCCAGCUCUAAUGAUCAAGAUCAAUGGAUGCAGAAGGCUUUUUAUCCACCACUGUGUAGCAGUGAACUCAAUCUUCCUGCUAGUCCUACAGAGGAAGCUUCUGAGAGCAAACUUUUGUUUGGGAGUCCUGGCAGGGCUGCUGCCAAUGGUCUUGAUCCAUCCACAGUGAGCUGGUCCAACAGGAAUGAAUGGUCUGUUCAGGGCAUCGGAGAAGGUGUUACAAACCCAUCUAUUGUCAGAUCUCCUUUUGGUGGUUUAUAUUCAUCCCCAAAUGUACAUUCACUUUGGUCAUUUGAAUGAAAGAAAAAGCAAAAAGAACAAAAGGGAAAAGAAAAAAAAAAAAACAGAGAGGAAAACUUACGAGGGUACUUUUUAGUAUACAUGUUCUUGAUGAGGCUGCCAGCCUCUUUUUGAGGGCACUUCAGACACACUGGAAGCAUUGUAUCAUCCCUCUUGUAAGGAUGAUCGAUGUUUACUUACAUUAGCAAUGGGUUAGGAAUACAAAAAGGGCAUGCAUGCUUUUAGUGCAUCCGCGGGAAAAAAAUGUUGGUAAGAUCACUACUUUUGGCCCCUUCCCAUGUUCAAUGGUACUCCAUGUCUAUGAGCAGGAAAGUUCAUAUCUGUUCCAUUAUCUUCUUGUCAAUUUUGGCUCUCGCUUCA